CGCCUGCCCAACGAUUUCCAGCCAUAUCAACUUGCGACUUUAUGCCUUGAACGACUUUCAUUCUAUGCGCUUCUUCUAGACCAGGCAGGUCCUCACCAGCAAAACUCCGUGCACAACGGAGAUCAUACAUCAUGGCGCAAACAAACCCUAAUGCGAUCAACGUGAAUGACCCGGGACUCAUCACGCUUGUCAACAAGCUUCAAGAUGUGUUCACCACUGUCGGCGUCCAGAACCCCAUCGAUCUUCCACAGAUUGUCGUCGUAGGAUCGCAAUCGAGCGGAAAGAGUUCGGUAUUGGAGAACAUCGUUGGAAGAGACUUUCUACCACGAGGCACAGGUAUCGUCACGAGACGACCUCUCGUCCUACAGCUCAUCAACCGCGAGGCGCCAAAGAAUCUUGUCGAGGGAGUUGCGAACAGCGAAGGAGGAGAUAAGCAAGCCAACAGCGCAGAAUGGGGAGAAUUUUUACACGUGCCGGGCGAGAAGUUCUACGACUUCAACAAGAUUCGGGAUGAGAUCGUAAAAGAGACGGAGAGCAAGACGGGGAAAAAUGCUGGCAUUUCUCCUGCACCUAUCAACCUACGAAUCUUCUCGCCAAAUGUCCUUACACUCACCUUGGUCGAUCUUCCCGGGUUAACGAAGGUGCCUGUGGGAGACCAGCCAAGGGAUAUUGAGAAGCAGAUCAAGGAUAUGGUUCUCAAGCAAAUCUCAAAGCCGAAUGCAAUCAUUCUCGCAGUUACUGCCGCAAACACCGAUUUGGCAAACUCAGAUGGUCUAAAGCUCGCCCGAGAAGUCGACCCUGAAGGACAACGGACAAUUGGUGUUCUUACCAAAGUCGAUUUGAUGGACGAUGGCACAGACGUCGUCGAUAUUCUCGCAGGUCGAAUCAUUCCUCUUCGUCUCGGAUACGUGCCGGUGGUCAACCGUGGACAACGUGAUAUCGAGAACAAGAAGGCUAUAUCACACGCUCUGGAACACGAGAAGAACUUCUUUGAGAACCACAAGGCAUACCGGAACAAGUCAUCGUAUUGCGGUACCCCGUAUCUGGCGCGCAAGCUCAAUUUGAUCUUGAUGAUGCACAUCAAACAGACACUACCUGACAUCAAGGCACGCAUCUCGGGUUCGCUGGCAAAGUACACUGCGGAAUUGCAAACACUAGGCGACAGCAUCUUAGGCAACCCUGCGAACAUCGUUCUCAACAUCAUCACAGAAUUCUCCCAAGACUUCAGAACUGUACUGGAGGGUAACAACGCGGAGCUUUCUUCUGUCGAGCUUUCCGGUGGUGCACGUAUCGCCUUCGUCUACCACGAACUGUACAGCAACGGAAUCAAGGCAGUGGAUCCAUUUGACCAUGUCAAGGACAUCGACAUUCGAUACUACCUUUACAACUCGUCCGGUUCAUCACCAGCACUGUUCGUCGGUACCAUGGCUUUCGAGCUCAUCGUCAAGCAACAAAUUAAGCGUCUCGAGGAACCGUCCCUCAAGUGUGUCAGCUUGAUCUACGACGAAUUGGUUCGGAUAUUGGGUCAAUUGGUCAACAAGCCAACGUUCCGCAGAUAUCCCCUGCUGAAGGAGAAGCUGCACGCCGUUGUCGUCUCUUUCUUCAAGAAAUCAAUGGAGCCUACGAACAAGCUUGUACGCGAUCUUGUUGCUAUGGAGGCAUGCUACGUCAAUACCGGCCACCCCGACUUCUUGAACGGUCACCGCGCCAUGGCGAUUGUCAACGAGAAGCAUCAAGCGUUGAAGCCCGUACAAGUCGAUCCUAAGACUGGAAAGCCACUGCCUCUCAGCGCUCAACCACCACGAUCUGCAAGCCCUGUCUUGGACGGCAGCGGCGGCGAGAACUCUGGUUUCUUCGGCUCAUUUUUCGCCAGCAAGAACAAGAAGAAGAUGGCUGCUAUGGAAGCGCCCCCGCCAUCGCUGAAAGCUAGUGGUACCCUGAGCGAGAAGGAGUCGCAAGAGGUUGAGGUCAUCAAAUUGCUCAUCUCCUCAUACUUCAACAUCGUACGGAGAACGAUGAUCGACAUGGUCCCCAAAGCAAUCAUGUUAAACCUCGUUGAACACUCCAAAGAAGACAUGCAACGAGAACUCCUCGAGCAAAUGUACCGGACUCACGAAUUGGAUGAUCUUCUCAAGGAGAGCGACUUCACCGUCAAGAGGCGGAAGGAGUGCCAGCAGAUGGUGGAAAGUCUCAGCCGGGCAAGCGAGAUUGUCAGCCAAGUCCAAUAGACUCACAGCGUCCUCUCUGGACAAUAGGUGUGGCAAUACUCGGGUGUUUAGUCACCCAUCAUCGAAAGGCGAGGCUAUUGCGUGUCUUUUCAUAUUGCAUUUGGUGGAAG